UCUGAUUAGAUAAGUGUUCUCACAAUUUUUCUGGGAACGCCUUCAGUCAGCCAACACGACAGAUAAGAACAAGAGACAGCUGCAGCGUUCAUUAGCUGCAGCAGAAGUACAUACCACUUCGCCAGGAACGCCCGUCUCCCGCGCCCAGAAUGACAACGCCAGCAGCAGGAGCCUCGGGAAGCUUUCGGGACGCCAUGAGCUGUGACGUGUGCACGGAGCUGUAUGAACAAAAGGUCAGAACACCACUGGUGCUGCCCUGUGGCCACACCUUCUGCCGCCCUUGCCUGACUGACAUCAAGAAGAAAGGCAGAUUUCAUUGCCCCACCUGCAGGGCGGGACACAACAACCUGCAGGUGGAGGCGCUCACCGUCAACUACUCACUGCUCAACAUUUUACCUCUUUGCAACCAGUUUGAGUGUGACAAGUGUGCCACUCAUGGAGACGACCUCCGGUACUGGUGUGCCAAAUGUGACUUGUCGCUGUGCAGCAUCUGCCUCUACUCGGGCCACCCUCAGGGCCACACUGUCAAACUGGCACUGACUUUUGUGACGGAGAAAAAACAUGAAUUAGAAGAAAAAAUUAAUGUCGUAUUCAAAAGCAUCAAUGAACACAAAGAUGAAUUAAAAAAAAGCUUCAAUGAUGUAGAUGCUCGAGUGACGCAGCUUUUCCGCAAGAAUGUCCACUUGCACAAAACAGAAAUGGCUGUCAAGGACCUGCUUGAUGAAAUCAAGAAGGCAAACGGCAUUGCUUCGGUGCUGUCCUAUGAAAAGUUAGUGGGAGAGUUUCAGUUAAAGAAGAGUUUGGCAGAUUCUGACGAGAAAGCAGGAGAGAGAGCUGAUCCUUCAGGAAACACUCAAGUUAAGGUGAAGAACUUGCCGGCUAAAGACGAGCAUGCACUACCGGUUACGACUAUGGAUCGGAAGGAAGCUGCAUCUGUGCCAAUUGAGGCAGCAAAUACGGCAGCAGAACAAAAUAUAUUUUGGUCACCUCAGAUUUAUAGUAUUAAAUCACCUAUUAGAAAAGGUGGCUUAGUAAUAUCAAAAUAUCAUCAUUCCACAACAUCGAUAAAUGUCGAAAGGGACUUCAUGCAUAUGAUCUCUAACCAGCCACAACAAGAACCAACAGAGGCCCCGCGUGCAGUGAUAGACUAUUGUGACGGCCGCCUACUGCUCCACACACUGGCGGAGCCAGCCACCACAAGAAUGUCCAUGCAGGUGCCACACGAAGUGUUCCUGGAGCUGGGUGUGGGUGACAGGUGCCUGGGUCGAGUCUACAUCAGACUAUGGUGCCAUCUACGCCGAGCACAGCAGUUCCUGACACUCUGCAUGGGCACGAUGGGUCCUUCUCUACUGAGAGCCAAGGCCUCUGACAGAGUGGGGAGUUUGAUCGUGUUUCGGUCUGCUGUGGAUAGAAACAACCAGUUAGUCUCGCAGGCUCUACUGACGGGGCUGGAGUGGGGCGGCCAGCACUCCAACCCAGAGGCUGAGGGUCUUGUUACAGGGGUAGCUUCAAAUAACGACUUGGCGUUUGGCAUCUGCACUGAAGGACAAACGAAUGUGAAGGUGAGUGCUGUGUUUGGUAAAGUGGUCGCGGGCCUUAAGGUGGCAAAAGCAGCCUUCCAGCACAACCCAGUGAAUGAGGUCACCAUCACAUCCUGCGGCCUCGUGAUGCCCGGCCUCUCACAGGAAGACUGUCAUGAAGAGUGCGGUGGCGGGGAGCGGCAAGGGGAAAUGCUGUUGCCGCGGCCCGCGGGUCCGCGGGCAGAGUUGCAGCCUGGUCGCAAUAGACGGAAGACGUUCGCUCGUCCGCUAUACUCCUCUGUGUUCUUUGUGGUGAAUAAACCAGAAAGAAAGGUGCCUCUGACUCUUUCCUGCCGAGCCUCUGGAGGGUUUCGGGACGCCAUGAGCUGUGACGUGUGCACGGAGCUGUACGAAGAAAAGGUCAGACCUCCACUGGUGCUGCCCUGUGGCCACACCUUCUGCCGCCCUUGCCUGACUGACAUAAAAAACAAAGGCCGCUUCCAAUGUCCCACCUGCAGGGCGGGACACAACAACCUGCAGGUGGAGGCGCUCACCGUCAACUACUCACUGCUCAACAUUUUGCCUCUUUGCAACCAGUUUGAUUGUGACAAGUGUGCCACUCAUGGAGACGACCUCCGGUACUGGUGUGCCAACUGUGACUUGCCGCUGUGCAGCAUCUGCCUCUACUCGGGCCACCCUCAGGGCCACACUGUCAAACUGGCACUGACCUUUGUUACAGAGAAAAAACAAACUCUUGUAGACAAAAUCAAUUUGAUCUUCAGGAACAUUGAAAGCCAUAAAAAAGGGUUGAAAGCAGAUUUCAAUGUCUUAGACAAGCGAGUAAAAAAACUUCUUCACAGGAAUGCCUGCUUACAAAAUAUUGAGAGAGCUCUUCAAGACCUGCUGGCUGAUGUCAAGAAGGCGAACAACAUUACUUCAGUACUGUACUUUGAAAAGUCGGUUGAAGGCUUCCACGAAAAGAAAAGAAUUUCUCUGGUGGGAAGGAAGCACAUUCUGGUAAGAGUAAAAAUUCAGAAGCUGUACUCAAUAAGUCUAGUAGUAAAGCAGCUGAGGCUGAGGCUGUAGAGGGUGCCAAAGCUUGGCAGCAGCAGCA